AUGGCUCGUGGACCGAAGAAGCAUCUUAAGCGUCUAGCAGCGCCAAAGCAUUGGAUGCUAGACAAACUCGGAGGAGUUUUUGCUGUUCGACCAAGAAGUGGACCUCACAAGCUGCGAGAAUGCUUACCUCUGAACCUCUUCCUUCGCAAUCGUCUGAAGUAUGCCUUGAACUAUUCUGAGGUGAAGAAAAUCAUGCGUCAGCGAAUUAUAAAGGUUGAUGGAAAGAUCCGCACCGACCACAAAUUCCCUGCUGGAUUUAUGGAUGUGAUCAGCAUUGAGCGAACCAACGAGACUUUCCGCCUUCUAUAUGAUGUCAAGGGCCGUUAUACGGUGCACAGAAUCACAGCUGCAGAGGGUCAAUUCAAGCUUUGCAAGGUUAAGGCUCUGCACGUUGCCAAGAAGAAUAUCCCAUACAUCACUACCAAUGACGGACGCACCAUCAGAUAUCCUGACCCACACAUCAAGGUGAACGAUACUGUCGUCAUCGACCUGACCUCCAACAAGAUCACUGACUUCGUAAAGUUUGAAGCUGGAAACCUGGCCAUGGUUACUGGAGGACGUAACGUUGGUCGUGUUGGUGUGAUUGGACAUCGUGAGAAACUGCCUGGUGCUUUCGACAUCAUCCACAUAAAGGAUUCCGCUGGACACUCCUUCGCCACUCGUGUGUCAAACGUGUUCGUUAUCGGAAAGGGCAACAAAGCUCUCGUCUCACUUCCUGCUUCUAAGGAUUGUCAAAUGAGACAUAGAUUGUGGAAAGCUUUGAAUGGAUUGAUUUGUGUCUAUAAACCUGUGGACCUCUCAAUCACUGGAUUAAAGAGGCAAAUCGUGAAGCGAAUAUGUGCUGAUGGGAACGAGGUAGUAGGAAUGCCUCGGCUUCCGCUGAUAAAAAUGCCUAUUGUGGAGCCGCAUGAGACGAGUGGAGCGCUACUGGUAGUUGGAGAGAAAGAAGUGCAGGAUUACACGCUGCAUCCACUCGUCUGUGGUGAGGCAUUCCGGCCCGAAGAUAUUAGGUUGGAAGAGGUUCACUACAUGGAAAGUACUUCUUCCGGUGUGUGCGGUGAGAGCACCUUCGGUCCAUUCCAUGCAAAUCACGCGUUGUUGGAGAAGCAAAUUUCGCUUCAGAAUAUUGUUAGAAAUAUCGAAUUGUGCAGGAGAAUCAUGAAUAAUCUACCGGAUGACGAAGGUGUCGUCUCUGAAAGCAACAGCCCGUACGAAGAGGAAAGGGAUGUGGUGGAUGGACUCGAUCUGCAAAUAGAGCAGGAAGUUGAUGCAAUGAGACCUCCAUGGCCGAGACAUUACACGUGA